AUGGCUACUGCGAGAACGGCAAACCCAUCACUGAUGAUUGGUUUGAACAAAACGGCAAAUGGGCAGCUCAAGGGGCAGGCCAAGCCAGCUGGGAAGCAGUCAGGACCCCUUUCAACUGCUCAACAGCCAGGUUUCCCCCAGAUAAGAACCGGUAUUCCUCAGAGCAGCGGAGGCAUCAAGUUUGGUGAUGACUGGAGGAACUGCCUGGAGCUUCCACCAAAAGACAACAGAGUGAAAACUUCGGAUGUGACAUCAACCAAAGGAAAUGAAUUUGAAGACUACUGCCUAAAGAGAGAGCUUCUAAUGGGGAUCUUUGAAAUGGGUUGGGAGAAACCCUCCCCUAUUCAGGAGGAAAGCAUCCCCAUUGCACUUUCAGGGAGAGAUAUUUUGGCUCGGGCCAAGAACGGUACUGGAAAAAGUGGAGCCUACCUCAUCCCUCUCCUGGAGAGGAUAGACCUGAAGAAAGAUCACAUACAGGCCAUAGUAAUGGUACCAACAAGAGAACUGGCCCUGCAGAUGAGCCAGAUCAGUAUUCAGCUAAGCAAGCACCUGGGAGGGGUCAAAGUUAUGGCAACCACAGGUGGAACCAACUUGAGGGAUGAUAUUUUGCGCCUUGAUGAGACGGGUAAUGCUGAUAAUUAUCUUAUUCAUGUAGUGAUUGCAACACCAGGCAGAAUACUCGACCUGAUCAAGAAGGGUGUUGCAAAAGUGAAUAAGACCCAAAUGAUAGUGAUGGAUGAAGUGGGUUUAAUAAACGCAGACAAACUGCUGUCUCAGGACUUUGUGGUCCUGAUUGAAGAUAUUAUCAGCUUCUUACCAAAGGAUCGUCAGGUUCUGCUUUACUCUGCCACGUUCCCCACUAGCGUGCAGAAGUUCAUGAACAAGCACCUGCAGAAGCCUUAUGAAAUCAACCUGAUGGAGGAGCUGACGCUGAAGGGCAUUACUCAGUACUAUGCCUAUGUCACUGAAAGGCAGAAAGUCCACUGUCUCAACACACUUUUUUCCAGGCUCCAGAUCAAUCAGUCGAUAAUCUUCUGUAACUCCACUCAAAGAGUGGAGCUUCUGGCAAGGAAAAUAACACAGCUGGGCUACUCAUGCUUCUACAUUCAUGCAAAGAUGAUGCAAGAGUACAGGAAUCGUGUCUUCCAUGACUUCAGAAAUGGUCUGUGCAGAAACCUUGUCUGCACAGACUUGUUCACUCGGGGAAUUGAUAUCCAGGCAGUAAAUGUCGUCAUCAAUUUUGACUUCCCCAAAAAUGCCGAGACAUACCUGCAUCGUAUCGGCCGAUCAGGACGCUUUGGUCACCUGGGUCUGGCCAUCAAUCUGAUAACUUCAGACGAUCGCUACAACCUGAAGACCAUCGAGGACCAGCUGGUUACUGACAUAAAGCCCAUCCCCAGCAGCAUCGACAAGAGCCUGUAUGUGGCAGAGUUUCACUCCGUGGACCCAGAUGGUUAUGAUGAAGAAGGGUGUGCAAAAACUAAGGACAUGGGAGCAUCCUGA